UGUGUCACGCCAACUAGUUAAUCUCAGGCAAUGGACUUGUGUGAUAGCCUCGUCAAACGAUUCAGGUGACAGGUUCCUGAUGUACACGUUAGUUACUGCGUUCUUUUAAGGAGACAUAACGUAGCAUACGACAUUUAUACGAAAACAAACGAGAAAUUCUACAAUGAAAGGACUCCAUCUCCUAACUUUGUUCAUCACUGCUGCUGUCCUCAACCACACAGGAGGUAAAAGAAUCGUCAUGUUCCCUGGUCUGAUCAAAAGUUAUUUCCUCUACCACGCCAACAUAGGCCAGGCUCUGAUCGACCUGGGUCACGAGGUCUGGAUUUGUAUGCCAGAGUACCUGACUCACAGCAACCUGAUCAAGAAUAAGGACAUAAAAGUCUUAAAGUUUGGGGAAGAUCUCGGGGAUAUUCUUCAGCGAGUAUCGGUCAACACAUCUAUGUUUGAUAACUUCUGGAAGGGCAUUGACACCAACAGUAACAACGCGCCAGCUUUAACUAAAGUUAUGAAAGAACUUGUCGCCAAAGUUUUGUCAGACCAGACUUUUAUCAACAACAUCAAAAAUGUCAAUCCAGAUUUUAUGGUCGUUGAUGGAUUUAAAUUUCUAAGAAAUAUUUUUGUCCUUCCAUGUAAAUUAGGUGUUCCUUUUGCUGUGAUAGGCACUGUGCAUGAUCUUGUAAUGCAUAGAGUGCCAUUUAGCCCUGCGGUAGAACCAGCAGUACCAUACAGAGUUAACAACAGAAUGACCUUCUAUGAAAGGUUAAGCUCUACCUUACGUACAGUUCUAGAGCUAAGCUAUGACAUGUUUACAGACAGUGACAUUGUGACUAGAAUAGCACCAGAAAAACCCUACACGACAAUUAGUGAUAUUAUAUUAAAAGCUGAAAUUUUUAUUGCCGAACUUGAUCACAUCCUAGAUUAUCCCAGACCAAUGUUACCCAACACAAAGCUGAUUGGUGGAUCUUCUGUCAGUGAGCCAAAGCCUUUGAUUGGUGAAUUCAAAGAGUUUGUUGAUGAAUCAACCAAUGGAAUUGUCGUUGUGUCUUUUGGAGGAAACGAAAUUCCGUUUCCUUCACAUAUCAUAAACAAGAUGGUGUCUGCCUUCAAACAACUGGACCUGAACGUUGUCUGGCGUGCGAACGUCACCUCACCUGUUCCGGAUAAGCUGAUGACGUCACUUUGGAUCCCACAGAAUGACCUACUUGGUCACCCAAAGACCAAAGUCUUUGUUUCCCAUUGUGGUAAAAAUGGACAAUACGAGGCGUUAUAUAACGCAGUUCCAAUUUUAUGUUUUCCAAUCUAUGGCGACCAGUUCUACAACUCAGAAAGAAUUCGUUUUAAAGGGUUUGGACUUAAGGGCGACAUCAGGAAAAUUACGGAAGAAGAACUGAUUAGCACCAUAAAUGAACUCGCCAAUAACAAACAAUAUAAAAUAAAUAUAGACAGAGCGUCCAAGCUAUUCAAAGAACUUUACAAAGUUCCAUCCAAAGAAGCCGCUUACUGGAUAGAUCACGUGAUGAAGUAUGGCGGAGAUUAUAUGAGGUCAUCAGGACAGGAAAUGCCGUUGUAUCAAUUUCUUCUUCUUGACGUCAUAGCUUUUAUAGCAGCUGUUCUGUCUGGAGUUGUCGUUAUUUUUAUCCUCAUUGUCAGGUUUUGCUACAGACGUUUUUUCACAAAGCGGACAGUUAAAAAGAAGAAAGAAUGACAUUUCACAAAGCUGACAGUUAAAAAGAAGAAAGAAUGACAUUUGUUUUGAAGUCAUCGCUUUUAUAGCAGCUGUUGUGUUUGGAGUUGUUAUUUUUGUAAUCAUUGCCAGGUUUUCGUAUAUUUUAUUGCAUCAAUAUAUAAGAUCCAAGGCAAAUAAGGAAUGAUUUUUUUUUAAAUAUCUAGAUCUAACUAUUAUUACACAUUAUUAAAGAAAUAAAUAAAAAUAAAUUAAUAAAAGAAAAUAAGCAGAAUUGGUUUUUGCUGCACAAGUUAGAUUAAUAAGAUUGUGUGUGUGUGAUAUCUAUUUUGUCAAUAUUAAGCAGGGUAUGGUUUUGCAUUCAAAGAAAUAUGUUAGAAAAUAUUGUUUUACUUAAAUAUC